CAUCUAUCUCUCUCUCUCUCUCAAAAGCAAAAGAAAAGAGGAAAAGGAAAAAACAUGCCCGCAUUGCCAAACCCUACAAAAAUGACUGGUAGGAAGAUUUUCAUAGUUUGGGAAGUUCUCUUGAUCACUAUGCUUAUGCUGUCUUCUUCAGUGACUGCAAGGAAACUUGCAGAAACAUCCAACCCUAGCACAACUAGUAAAGACGUUCCAGGUGAGAAGGUUUUCGUCCGCUUCUUGGGAGACUACGGGGGUAACCCGACAGAUCCAACUAUUCCAACAUAUCCAAAUCCACCGAAUCAUCCAUGAUGUACCUCCCGUUAUAAUGGUGGCAAGCGAGUGUGGUCGUAUCAUAUCGUAUUGGCAUAAUGUUAAGAUUGGGCUCUUGUCAAAAUCGAGUUCAUGUUAAAUCAAGUUAUUUGUUUUUAAUAUCAGACUUGAUCGGUUUGAUUAUUCAUAUUUGUGGAUCUUGUCGUUUUCAUAUUCAGGCCAUGUUAGGUUUCAUGUCAAAAUUGUCAGAGGGCAAUUUUCUUAAUUUUUUUUAUUUUUAUUUUUGUUUUGUGUGUGUUUAAACUUGGUCAUGAGUCACCUUCAAUAGAAUAUGUUCUAGAAUAAAGCUACAUGUGCCAAAUUUUAAUAAAUUGUAUUUUGAUCAAAUUUUUAAUUUUGUCGAUGAUUAAUAUUUUCUUCUGAGUUCUUUUUG